AUGGAGUCGGUACUUAAUACCACCUUGGGUACACGUUUGAGUGCGUACUUGGUCACAGCAGAUGAUUUUAAAAGACAAAGGACUAGGGUCAACAAGAGAAUUCUCAAGCUACGUCGUGACCUAAACUUGGUCACCAAGGAUACCAAAAAUUAUAGCGCAAAGGAACAAACUUCAAAGAUCACGCCUCAACAGUACAAUGAGAACAAGGACUACGGAUUGCUUGAGCUACUUUUGGCUGAGAGGGAUAUGUUGUAUGCACAUGAGAUAAAAGCGAAAUUGGACAUCAAUAGUGAAAAAUCGUCAUCGUUUACCACUCUAUUGAAAACCAAGAUGAAGAGAGCAUUAUUCCAUGUUGACAACUUGAUAAAGUUGACUGCAGACGAGACCGACAAGAAAUUGCGCAUUGAGGUUUACAUUUAUGCAGCAUUGGUUGCUGGACAAUUAUCAAUUACUAGGAAACAAUGGGCAAAAGCAUUGAAUGCAUUUUCGAUAGCAAAGUGCAGUUUGGACUAUUUGAAUGCACAGGAUAGUGAUAAGGAGUCCUUCAACAAGACUUUGUGCUCUGAGCUACUUGAAAACACAGUUGACCCCUCUUUGAAUUUGGCAGCGUCGCAAUUACAUGACGUUCCAGCAACUGAUUUGAAGACGUUGUCAAGAAAGUACUGUCAUGAAAGAUAUUUCCCUAGAAUUUCAGUUGCUCUCGACUUGAUCGAUCCACUGUUCACCAAGGACAUCUCGUCUUCAGUACAGUUGCAAAAAGAAGUGGAUUGGAGGGGUCACGUUGCUACAAUUUACAACGACGAACUUGCUUACAAGAUCCAAGAAUUAACCAGUAACAAGGAGUGGCUGGAGUACAAUGACGUCAAUCAAUUUGAUCACGUUAUUGCAUCUUGGAUCAGCAUUUUGGAGUUGCAUAAAGAAGAUUCGCAGAAAAACAAAGAUGACGACGACAUGGAAAAGGUUCAGGAUAGAGCAAUUUUAUCAACUUAUAUCAACUACAAUUUACUCUUUACGAAACUCAAAAGAGAUUUGUUGUUGGUAGGCCAAUUGGCAGCUCACAAUAAUGUUGAGGAAAAUAAGGAUAUCAUUCGAAUUUACUCCGGCAUCACCCAACUAGUUGACGAAUUAAAAGAGCUUCCUGGUGUCUACAAUGACGAAGACCUACAUGAAUCGCUAGAAAAUUUGGAAAAGUUUUACAAUAGUCAGAAGAAUGUAAUCAUUGCUGAGUCGUACCAGUUCAACAGCAGAUUUUCAGAAAGCUUGAAAAUUUACAACUAUGUCAAUCAGGAGUUGAAAAUCUCGCAUGACUAUUACAAAGUUGAGUUCCCAUUUGAAGUGAGUACCAAUACCGAAGUUGCCCUUUUUAAAGUGCAUUUGGAAAAGAAGGUUUUGCAAGCACAAGUUAGUGCCCAAUUUGAACAGAGUAAGAAGGCCGCCUGUUCGAAAUAUACAAUUGAGGAUACAAAGAAGUUCCCUCUUGGAUUGGAGGUGAUAAAUCUCGACAAGAUUGAGCCAGUGAUGUGUAAACCUGUUUUGUUUGAUAUUGCAUUCAACUACAUUUCACCUGCUCCAGAAGCUGCACAACCAGUUCAAAAACCUACUCCUGCAAGUGAGUUCAAUCUGGAACAAACGAAAAAGCGUGGAUUCUUUGGUAUAUUCGGUGGACUGAACAGUGCUCAAGCAUUCCUUGCAUCGAUAGUUGGACUAUUAUACACAAUCGUAACGUCAACGUCCUCACCAUUUGAUGUAUUCACACAGAAUGGCAAACAAGGAUGGCAGGUGUUCAAAUCAUUGGUCUUGAUAUCUGUAUGUUCAAGUGUUGCAUCUCCAAUUGGAUAUAAAUCUUUGGCACAUUUGGACUAUUUGGCCUACUUGUUGGCAAAAUCAUGCAAAUUGAUUCCAGUAAUGUUUGUUCAUUUCACACUAUACAAGACUAGGUUCCCAUUGUUCAAGUACGUUGUUGCUCUGUUGGUGACUUUGGGAGUGACGAUAUUCACCUUGGCCCAUUCAAAAGAGAGUAAAAAGGUUAAUGAUGGGAAUACACCCUUGGGAUUGGCUUACUUGAUUGGGAGUAUGCUACUCGAUGGAUUUACAAACUCCACCCAAGACCAGUUGUUCAAGAUUCCCCUCCAGAGGAAAUUCACUGGUGCUAAAUUAAUGUGUGUUUUGAAUUUGUUCAUAUUUGUACUUACUGCCGGCUAUAUUAUUCUUUUCCAAACUGAGCAGAUCACCAGCACUUUCAACUUUAUUCAAAAGUAUCCUCAACUACUUUACGAUAUUGUCAUUUUUGCCGGCUGUGGUGCUGUUGGGCAAGUGUUUAUAUUUAUUAUAUUGGAGCACUUUGACUCAAUUGUGUUGAUAACGGCAACGGUGACGAGAAAGAUGUUAAGUAUGAUAUUGAGUGUGGUUUUGUUUGGACACUACUUGAAUUUCAAGCAGUGGAUUGGUGUGGUGAUGGUUUUUGGUGGGAUUGGGUUCGAGGCUUUUGCCAAGUCUCAACAAAAGAGAAAGCGUAAAAGCAAUUGA